AUGGAGCAGCCAGCGGACAAGCCAGUUGAGAUGGAGACAAGAAACGAAGGAGCAGAAGCGGUAGAGCCGGCGGUUGAAGCGGUUGAAGCGGUUGAAGUUGAAGCAGCUGAAGCAGCUGAAGCAGCUGAGCAGAAGGACGCGGAAGCCAUGAAUGAGACGGUGGAUGGCGACACGGAUCAAGGCGAUGAGAGCAGGUCGAAUGCGCAAGUGAUUGAGAUCGAGGACAGUGACUCGUCGCCUGAAGGUGACACUGAAAUGGAUAUCGAUGAGGACCAGGAGAUGAAGCACGAUGAUCGCGAUGAGACGAGACCCACAACGCAGUCGUCUGCGAAGGAGGAGUCCCGGUCUUCUAGCCGUGUGGUCAAGAGCGAGAUGGAUGAGUCUAUAGCGCAGUCCAGAAGGGAGAUGGAGGAAUUGGAGAGCGAGCUUGGCGAGGAAGCACGCAAGGAAAAGCAACGUGUGGUAGAUGAAUUGAAGAAGCAGUACAAACUGAUAAACAGGGAGUAUAUCAGACGAUGCUCACGAUUCCCGAUCUCAAAGAUGAGAAUGAUUGCUAAGAAUGACCCUGAAUACUUAGAGUGUACCAAGGAUGCGUUGAUCGCAACAGCCUUCGCUACUGAGCUAUUUGUGCAGACUUUGACCUACGAGACAUUGAUCGUCAACGGAUCGGUACCGUACGGGGACGGCAACUUCCAACAGGAGCCCAAACCAGAGCCUUCAACACCUAUAAACAGCGACGAGUUGCUCCUGGAUUAUAAAUCGCUCUCAGAGUCAAUAGCUCUGGUCGACCACUUCCAAUUUUUGGCAGACAUUGUUCCAAGAACCAAGAACCUACGAGAGUUAGUCAAGGAGAACAAAGUCAGAUACACUGCCACCCAAAAGAACUGA